AUGGAUCAAGAUAUUAUUGAUAAAAUGCAAAGAUUCGAUCUCUCUGCAAAAGAACAUGUUGAAACGCUUGUAUCUGAUGAAGACAUCGAACCUGGGGUCCAGGAGUGUGCUCGUAGCCUUAUAAGCCGAAUUGUAGGCGAAAAAUGGGCAAAUCUCGGCGGGCUUAAAACAACCCUAAACUUGAUAUGGACAACUCGUAAGCCCUUCGCAAUCCGUGUUCUGGAUGAAAAUCUCUUUCAGUUUCUAUUUCAGUCGGAGGAAGACAAGCGAAAGGCUUUAAUCAGAAAAGCAUGGUCUUUCGACGGCCAAUAUCUACUUCUCAAAGAGUGGUGCAAAGAUAGCAUCGAUUUUACCGCGCAUGAGAGAAAAUUAGAGCUGCGGGUACAUAUUCUAAAUUUACCUCUCCACUGGAUAUUGGAGGAAAUUAGUGUUAAAGUGGGAAAAAUCAUUGGGGGGCAGUAUGGUGAUUGCCUAAAAGCCAGCUUUGGGGGUUAUGGGCUUAAUGGUGAUAGUAAGGAGAGAAAAUUUGGCCAGCCUAGUAGCGGAGAGGAGAGCCUGAAGGCACUCUCUCUCACCUCCAUCUUCAACCUCCAUAGCUCAAAAUUUGACCAUCUCUACCAUUUUCUGGCAAGCCCUCGACGCUGGCGACCACCACCUGCCGUCGACCCGCUGCGACUCGCCAGAAAAUUGCGAGCCCAGCCCUGUGCUGCACCUCCCGAGCUCAGCCAGAAAAACGCGAGCCUUUAUCAGCACCGACGAGCCCUUCCCGCACAGGUGACCCUAGCACAACCUACGUCGCGUUGUCCCGUUCCAGUUCUGGCGUCCUUGAGCCACGCGCCACCAGCUUCGCCCGUUCAGCUCCGGUUUCAGCCGAUUUGCGCGUCGUGCAGCUCGUCUCUGUCAUCGAGCCCGCGAAUCUGGUCACCCCCUACCAUACUGUCGCGUUCCAAGCUCUGCCCAGCCAGCUCCGACAUCUGCAACCCCAGCUCGGCCACCAUCUCCAUUUUUCCGGCGAAACCAGUUUCCUCUCGUCGGAAAAAUAGCCCUUCCGAGCUCCAGCAGCUCCCUUUCACGUCCAGCACCUCGGACCCGACCCAAACAGCUCGAGUCCGACCCGGUCAGCAGCUCCACAGCUCCAAGAUCUGA